UUAAGCAAGAAUAACAACAAUAUGAUGAACACCACCAGCGACACUGUUAAUAGCAGCAUAGCUGAAAAAUGGAGUGUUUUAAGCGGCGAAAAUCACUGGAAAGGAUUAUUAGAUCCUCUCGACAUUGAUCUUCGUCGUUACAUUAUUCAUUACGGCGAAAUGGCGCAAGCUACUUACGACGCUUUCAAUACUCAGAAAGCUUCAAAAUUCGCAGGAGCCAGUCUUUACGCAAAGGGAAAUUUCUUUGCUAAUGUCGGUUUGAGUAAUGGAAAUCCGUACAAGUACGAGGUGACGAAAUUUUUGUAUGCAACUUCACGCAUUCAUCUUCCGGAGGCGUUUAUGAUCACGUCUUUAUCGAGGGAGGCGUGGAGUAAGGAGUCGAAUUGGAUGGGGUACGUUGCGGUGGCUACUGAUGAGGCCGCGGCGGCUUUGGGGCGGCGAGAUAUUGUGAUUGCUUGGAGAGGUACGGUGCAAACUUUGGAAUGGGUUAAUAAUUUUCAGUUUAUUUUAGAUUCUGCUCCGAAGGUUUUUGGUGAGUCUAGUGAUUGUAAGGUGCAUCAAGGUUGGUACUCUAUCUAUACUUCUGAUGAUUCGAGAUCACCAUACAAUAGCAAAAGUGCUCGAGAUCAGGUUCUUAAUGAAGUAAGGAGACUUGUGGAACUAUACCAGAACGAAGAAAUAAGCAUAACAGUAUGUGGCCACAGUCUCGGAGCUGCAAUAGCAACACUAAACGCAGUCGACAUAGUAGAAAAUGGAUUCAACAAAUCCAAAUCUUUACCAAACAAACCUUGUCCCGUCACCGCCAUCGUCUUCGCCAGCCCUCGGGUUGGCGAUGCAGAUUUCGAAAAGGCUUUUUCCGGGCACCAAGAUCUUCGAGCUUUACGCGUCCGAAAUCUACUCGACAUUGUCCCUAAUUAUCCAUUCAUAGGGUAUUCUGAUGUAGGAGAAGAGCUGAUAAUUGAUACUACGAAAUCUAAGUACCUGAAAAGCCCUGGAAAUGUGUCGAGCUGGCAUAAUUUGGAGUGCUAUUUGCAUGGAGUAGCGGGAACUCAAGGCCUUGGGUUUAUAGGAGGGUUUAGUUUAGAGGUUAAUCGUGAUAUUGCUCUUGUUAAUAAAACUUCAGAUGUUUUGAAAAAUGAGUAUCUUGUUCCUGCUUCGUGGCGGGUUCAGAAGAAUAAGGGUAUGGUGCAACAGCUUGAUGGGUCUUGGAAGUUGAUGGAUCAUGAAGAAGAUGUUCCUGAUCCAGCUUGAAAUAAAUAGUUUGGAUGAUUGAUUUUUAUAAUUAUUUCUGAUAUUGUUUGUUUUCUAGUCUCUUUGCAUGGGUGAAUCAAGUCCACCACGCAGAAUUAUGAACCAUCCAUUUAAUACGUCAUACAUGACGUGAUUAUUUACAUGAGCAAAUAAAUGAAAGACACAAUUAUUUAAUGUGUUUUAUUUAGAAUUAAUAUGCCUUUCAUUGAUUGACUCAUGUAAAUAAUCACGCUACAUGUCACGUAUUAAAUGAAUAGUUCAUAAUUCUAUGUGGUGGAUUUGGUUCACUUAAGAAUAUUUUGUUUGCAUGUGCUAAAGGUUGAUUAUUUUGAUUAAUGUGCCAUUUUGUUUCAUUUUA